ACCACAUCUUUAUCAUUUCGUAUCACCAGCAAAUAUUUUCUUAAAAAGAGUGUCGUCCAAAAAAAAAAAAAAGGGACGUUCUAAACGGGAGUCAAAGUCAGCCAGACAUUGAUAUAUAUUUUUUUUUGUUUCUUUUUGUCCCGUUCUAAAUCAUGACGAUUGCAGUUACAUUAUCAAUAGGUUAUUUGACCAUUCCCUUCAUCAUCAAACAUUCUAUAAAGUCGUUAGAAACCACGUCAGCAGAAGAAGAGGACGAGGUGCUAUCGAGUGCACCGCAAUGGACGUUUGGAAACACGAUUUGCAUUUCGAGUUUUGUAAAGUCGCCACCCAAUAUAUACCCGACAAUUGAGAAACAUGUAAUGGAACUAGCGUCCCAUGCUAAUGGGGUGGAAAAAGAAACCUUGUCGAUUCUGUCAAAAGCUUUAAACACGAACGAGAAUAAAUGUCACGGCAUGGCAAUUAUUGGAAAUGAUUUGUUGGGUAUUUUAUCCAGUACAGCACAAACGACAUUGUUUACACUACAGGUGGUGCAAUUCGCCACACCGACGACGGAGCAUCAAAAGAGCUACUACACAAAUGACUUGAUGGAUUUGGAUUAUCCCGUGAAACCCUUUGAGGUGAUGGAACUGUGUCAAGACUGGCCUCAAUCGCAACCUCAGUUGAAGAAAUUGGCCAAACAAGUGUAUCAGACCGCCAGUUUGUAUGGUUAUUGGGACUAUUGGCGUGUCUUUGAAGGUAUCUGUGAUGGACAUCAGAUUAAUUCUCAACUACUCUUGCAAGUGGCUUAGUUACACACACACCUUAUUUCUCGGAACAAUGCAUUUUAUCUCUGUUUGUGGGCUGUCACGUCCCUUUUUUUUAUACAUAUCUCUUUUUUUUUUUUUUUUUUUUUUUUGGUUUUACAUUGUAAAUAAAUAUAAUCGUAAUGUCAGACCUACAAAAGAAAUUAGCCCUUAUCGAAGAAGAAACAAAGUGCAGUAUAUGUACGGGUCUUUUCCACGAUCCACACGUAUUGAAUUGCGGUAGGUCAUUCUUUCUGUGGCGGAUGCAUUAUUCACUGGUUUGGGCAAAAGAAAUGCUGU